UAGCUAACCGCUGGUUUCCAUGUUGGUUUCGCCCCGGACAAACGUUUUUUAAACAUUAGACACCUGUGAAAAACAGUGAAAUCACACAAAUACAUUUGAAAAUAGAACCAGCUGAUGGAUAACAGGUUACCAAUAACGGUUUGAACUUUCCCCUAAGAUUUGUGCAGAGAAUAGCCCACUAUUAGACCGAAUCACGGAGUAACUACGGAGUGUUCACAGCUAGAUUGAGCAAAUGAGUGCUUUUAUUUUGAGCCCACAAACGCCCAAUAUCCGGUUUCAUCCUGGCUAUUACUUGCUUACUUUAACCACUUCCAUAUGGCUCUAGAUUAGAUGUGGGAAAUAAGAAAUCUGUGCUGCUAGCUUACAUCACACAGCGGUUGCCAGCGAUUGUAACGGCAGGAACAGAUGCGCGGUCCCCGGCUACAGGAUAACAGAACUGUCGCUGUAUUCGAAACACUUUAAGGAAAGAAAAGAAAGUUUUAUAGUGAUAUUAUAGUGAUAUUUCUGUUGGUUGCUUUUUUGGGACGUUAUUCGACGACUAUGCUCUCGUCUAAAUAGCUGUGGUGGAGGUCGAGGAUGGCCGCAGACGUGGAUAAAAAAGAGGAUGAUAGCAAACAUUCGCAGCAGAAUGGGCACCAGAGUCCGAGCUAUGGAUCCUGGAUCUGCAGAGGGAUCUGGACUCUGCUUAUAGUCGGUGCUGUCCCUCUUCUCGCCUUUUGGAUCAAGUAUUACCAAGAUGCCCAGCUCCUCAAGCGUCAUGAAGAGAGUGUUCGAACUCUGGGUGCCGAGGGGCUUUUUCUCUUCUCCUCCUUAGAUACCGACCAUGACCUUUAUCUCAGUCCGGCGGAGUUCAAACCUAUUGCUGAGAAACUCACAGGAAUAACACCCCCAGUGGAUUUCGAGGAGGAAGUGACCCAUGACCCCAACGGGGAGACUUUGACGUUGGAGGCCAAAAUGCAGCCUCUGCUGCUCGACUCCAUGACAAAAAGCAAGGAUGGUUUCCUCGGGGUGUCUCACAGCUCUCUGAGUGGGCUGCGCUCAUGGAAGAGCCCAGCAGUGCCUUCUUCUUCCUUCUCUGCCAGCCAAUUCAGGGCCUUCUUGCCCCCGAAGAACAAGGUAGCAGUGGGAGACACGUGGUGGGUGAUUCCUAGCGAGCUCAACAUCUUCACUGGGUACCUGCCAAACAAUCGUUACCACCCACCCUCACCAAAGGGCAAAGAGGUUCUCAUCCACUCCUUGUUGAGUAUGUUCCACCCGCGGCCCUUCAUCAAAUCACGCUUUGCUCCUCAGGGCGCAGUCGCCUGCAUUCGUGCCAGCAACGACUUUUAUUUUGACAUUGUGUUCAGGAUUCACGCAGAAUUCCAGCUCAAUGAUGUUCCAGACUUUCCCUUCUGGUUCACCCCGGGGAAGUUCACCGGCAACAUUGUUCUCUCUAAAGAUGCAUCUCAUGUCCGCCACUUUCACCUCUACGUCCCCAAUGACCGGUCUCUGAAUGUGGACAUGGAGUGGCUGUACGGGGCCAGUGAGAGCAGCAACAUGGAGGUGGACAUCGGAUACCUGCCACAGUUAGAGCUGCAGUCCACGGGCCCGUCCACUCCCUCCAUCAUCAUGGAUGAGGAGGGCAACAUCAUCGACAGUCGAGAUGGCGGCGGCGAGCCGAUCCAGUUUGUCUUUGAGGACAUCCACUGGACCUCAGAGAUUAGUCGGCAAGAAGCCACCCGACGCCUGGAGGUCACUUUCUACCCCUUUCAGAAGGUGUCCUACCUGCCUUUCUCAGAAGCCUUUGACCGAGCUGCAGCAGAGAAUAAACUGGUGCAUUCCAUUCUGCUUUGGGGAGCAUUAGACGACCAGUCCUGCUGAGGUUCGGGGCGAACUCUUCGGGAGACAGUCCUGGAAAGUUCGCCCGUCCUGGCCCUGCUCAACCAGAGCUUCAUAAGCAGCUGGUCUCUGGUCAAAGAGCUGGAGAACAUGCAGGCUGAUAAGCAGAACCCUGUGUUGAGUGAAAAGGCCCAAUUACACCUGGAGAAGUACAACUUCCCUGUGGAGAUGAUGGUGGCGCUGCCCAAUGGAACUAUUGUCCACCACAUCAAUGCCAACUUCUUCCUGGACCAGACGGCCAUGAAACCAGAGGAGGAAGGAGCAACUUUCAGCUUCUCUGGUGGGUUUGAGGACCCUUCCACUUCCACUUAUAUCAGCUUCCUCAAGGAGGGGUUGGAGAAAGCCAAGGAGUACCUAGCACAGUAAUUUGCGUGCGCGAUAGAGACUGAGAGACUAAAGAGGAGGAAAUGAUUAUCAUUCCGAGUAAUGAUCCAAGAUAAGGAAAACCCUCCCAACAAUCACGUAGAGAAGCCUUCUCAUCAGUGUUGGCAGCUGAAAAACUUUUUGGCCUUCUGCCCUCUUUACUAUUUAUUUGGGCGUCUCUCCUGGUCAGAACAUUUUAUAAACCGUUUUUGUAUUGUGACAAACAGUACAGGGAAAUAUUGCUUUUCAAACCUAAUGUUACUGUCAAUAUGGUAUAUUUUAUUGAGAUACAAAGCAGUGACAGAUAUGUAAACACAUUUAGAUCUGCUCUCUCUGUUUGUAGCUGCUGAUUAAAGGUGAUGUAAAAUGUAGACCGAGCCCAACACACCAAAACAUCCUGAUAUAUUUCUUCUUUUAUAUCCCAGUGCCGCAUGUGCAAUAUUUAAUGAUCGAGUGUGUCUUCCUGCUGCUGAGUGUACCCAGAGACGGUGGCCCGGUGCAGCUGUUGCCUCUAGUUGUGCUUCAGCAGUUUGUGAAGACGUUGCCUGAAAGCUCUCUCGGGGCCGGGUGACGCCUGAUGUUAUUGCUAAAGCUGCUGGAGGGAACACCCCUCUCUGACUCGGUGGACAAAAGCAGCAGGAAAUACUCAACUGUGGCACAUAAAAUGUUUUAAUUUGUUGUUUUUGAGUUUGAAACCAAAUGUUGAAUAUUUUGCAGAUUUUCUGUUUUUUUUUUGAAUAAGUUGUGACCACACCAAAGAUAUGAAAUAUGUACAGGAGCUGGAUUGCAGCUUGAACAGCUGUUGAGGUUCAUAUUUAUGUAACUCAAUGGAACCAAUUGGUCAUAUGUUUGAAACUGAGAGGCACUUACUACAUGUACAGUUUUCCUCUUUUAGGAUCCAGUCGAAACAAUGUAUU